CCGCCGCGGUCGCCUGCGCUCCUCCCCGCUCGCCUCCGCACGCCCCCAAACCCUGGCCGGCCUCGCCUCCUCGGCGGCGGCGGCGGCGGCUUCCGCCCCUGGUCGCUGUGCUCCGGUAGGAAACGGAAGAAGGCGCAAGCCAUGGAGGGGAACCGGGAUGAGGCGGAGAAAUGUGUCGAGAUCGCCCGGGAGGCCCUGAACGCCGGCAACCGCGAGAAGGCCCAGCGUUUCCUGCAGAAGGCCGAGAAGCUCUACCCACUGCCCUCGGCCCGCGCACUGUUGGAAAUAAUUAUGAAAAAUGGAAGCACUGCUGGAAAUAGCCCUCAUUGCCGAAAACCAUCAGGUAGUGGUGAUCAAAGCAAGCCUAAUUGCACAAAAGACAGCUCACCUGGUAGUGGGGAAAGUGGAAAAGGCUACACCAAAGACCAAGUAGAUGGAGUUCUCAGCAUAAACAAAUGUAAAAAUUACUAUGAAGUACUUGGAGUUACCAAAGAUGCUGGUGAUGAAGAUUUGAAAAAAGCUUAUAGAAAGCUUGCUUUGAAGUUUCAUCCAGACAAAAACCAUGCACCUGGAGCAACAGAUGCUUUUAAAAAGAUUGGAAACGCUUAUGCUGUUUUAAGCAAUCCAGAAAAACGAAAGCAAUAUGACCUCACAGGCAACGAAGAACAAGCAUGUAAUCAGCAGAACAAUGGUAGAUUUAAUUUCCAUAGAGGUUGUGAAGCUGAUAUAACUCCAGAAGACUUGUUUAAUAUAUUCUUUGGUGGUGGAUUUCCUUCAGGGAGUGUACAUUCAUUUUCAAAUGGACGAGCUGCUUAUAGCAAUCAACAUCAGCAUCGACAUAGUGGACAUGAAAGAGAAGAAGAAAGAGGAGAUGGAGGUUUUUCUGUGUUUAUCCAGCUGAUGCCCAUUAUUGUAUUGAUCCUCGUGUCAUUAUUAAGCCAAUUGAUGGUCUCUAAUCCUCCUUAUUCCUUAUAUCCCAGAUCUGGAUCAGGGCAAACGAUUAAAAUGCAGACAGAAAAUUUGGGUGUCGUUUAUUAUGUCAACAAGGACUUUAAAAAUGAAUACAAAGGAAUAUUAUUACAAAAGGUAGAAAAGAGUGUGGAAGAAGAUUAUGUGACUAAUAUUCGAAAUAAUUGCUGGAAAGAAAGACAACAAAAAACAGAUAUGCAGUAUGCAGCAAAAGUAUACCGUGAUGAACGACUCCGAAGGAAGGCAGAUGCCUUGAGCAUGGACAACUGUAAAGAAUUGGAGCGGCUGACCAGUAUUUAUAAAGGAGGAUGAACUGAAAUUUUAUUUAUACCUUUUAGAGUACUCUCUAUUUUUUCUUCUCUGCAGUUUAUCUCAAUAUAUGAAUAAAAAGAAGGUCUGUUCUCACUAUAAAGGAUUUGUUUUUAUCAUGGUUUAUAUUCUUAAUAUGCCCUCUCUCAUUUAUUCAACCAUUCAACGAAUGUAUGAAUGUUUACUAUAACCCGGCAGUAAUAUGGGAAUUAAUCACUGAACAAGACAAAAAUCCUUAUGAAGUUUACAUCUAGCAAGGGAAAUAAAGGUCAGGUAAAUAACGAAUUAUAAUUAUGAUGAAUGCUACAGAGAAAAUUACAAGGUACAACAAAAGCAUAUAUCUAGAAGACUUAACCUAUUCUGGGAGGAUUAGGGAAGGUUUCUCUCAGAAAGUGACCUUAAGCUGAGACCCAAAAGAUGAGAUAAGUAGGAGUGAGGUGAAUGCUAGAUAAAUGUUUCAGGCAGAGUGUGCAAGGUGAUAAAGUCAUAGUAACUUUACAGAAGUGAAAACAAACUUGUAUGAUUAUGACAUAGGAAGUCAGGGUAAGUCAGAGAAUUAAAAUAAGGGCCAGAUCCCAUGAAGCCAUAUAUAAACCAUGAUGAUUUAUGUUCAAAGAAAACCUUUGAGAUUUUUAAUGGCGUUAACAUAAGAUAUGAGUUUUUAAAAUAACAUUUUAGUUGCUGUGCAAAGAAGACUGGAUGGCAAAAGUGAAUGUAGGACUGAUAGGAAGUGUUGUCAAAGGAGAGAUGAUCAUGGCUUGGACCAGAGUAGGAAUAUAGAUAGUGAUUAAUUUUGAGAUACAGUCAGGAUGUAGAAUUAAGAGAAUUAUUUAAUUGAUGGAUUUGGGAUAAAUGGAGGCAGCAGUUAAAAACUUACUAAAAAUUUGGCUAUGAAAAGUAGAGGAAAAUGGUGGUAGCUGGAAGAUGUGGUUUCCAAGAAGGCUUUUAUUUUUUCAGUUAUUUAUUACAUAAGACCUUACUAUUUAUUACAUGAGAGACCUUAGUGAUUCUUUUUAUUCUGAUGAAAAGGGGCAAGUAAAAAGUGAAAGAAUAGAGAAAAAGGAGGAUAAUAGCAUUAAGUACUUGAUAUUCCAGAGGAUGUUGGAGCCAUUGCAAAGAUGGAAUAAUUACUUUUAGCUAAGAGACAGCAUCAGCAUUCUUUCAGAAAGGAGUAUAUGAGUGCAAAAACAGAUUUGUAGCAGAUUUGUAGCAUUUGUGGUUCAAUGUUAUGACUUGUAUUUUCUCAAUGAAAUAAGCAGUUUAUGUAAAAUUAGAGGAUGGAAAGGAUGAUAAGCAGACACUUAGAAGGAAUGAAGGCAGUUUGAAGGAAUCAUUUUUACUGAGUCAGCUGACUAGUGAAAUGUAGGACUUCUAUGGGUCCCACAUUGGUGACAGAAUUUAGAUUCUGUUAAAUUUUGUGAUUUUUUUUUUCCAGCUUAAUCCAGCAGCCUCAGCAUAGACAUGGAGCAUACAACUCAUUUAACUCUUCCAAAUUUGAGGUUCUGUCAGGCAGGAAAGGUGGUUGGGGCAUUUAAGAUGUUGACAAGUGAGUGGUUUCACUGACUAUUAGAUGUAAGCCAGAGAUUGAAGGAAUUAGUGGUUUCUGAGGUGAUCUAGGGUAUGAUGACCAUGGUGAUAGUAUAGAAGAGAAAGUAUUGUAUGGACCUUAUAAUUGUAUUUUCAGUGGGCCACAUCCCAAACCACAGCCAGAAUCAAAGUUUCUAAGACAUUUUCCAAGUUGGCUGAUCAAUGUAAGUGAUAAAAUUUUCGUUUUUGUAUGUUGGAGAAUCAGCAAGACUCUCCUCCCCAUAUGAGUUUGAAUACCAAUAGAAUUUUCACACAGACAGUGGAGCCACCCUAAAUCCAGAUGAUUGUUGGUUUUUUGAUAGAAAAACAAUAAUCAAAAAAAAAUUGAGAACUCUGCUGUAUAUAAUAGCUAAGAGAAAUUUAAGCUAAAGAGAAGCAGAAACAAAGGCUCUCAUAUAACUAAUAAAGUCAGAACUUUAACAUGUGUAUGCUUGUUGACUAUAUAAUGUACUAGUAUGCUGUGUACAUAGUAAAACAAAAUAACAUAUUUGUAUAAUGAGAUAAAAAUUUUGUGUGCAUAUGAAUGUAUGUGUACAAUAUGUGUUUCUUUCUGAACCUCAGAGAUCAUCUGUUACAUUUCACUUUGGAGAACUGGCACAUGGUACUGAUAGUCUUUUAGGUCAGUAAAUAUUUCCCUUAGUCCUGUACCAACAGCAGUGUUAUUGAUAGGUAAAUGCAAACAGAUCAAUCUGAGUACAUAAGGAACUCUCCUAUUGAUGUGCCAUAAUUUGGAAACCACCACACUUGGAAAUUAAAAAUCUUACUAGAUUUUUCAAUUUCCAGACAUCGUGGUGUUUGGAGAUCUUAGAAAGCUGUGCUUUCCCCUUUUGCCACUAAAGAUGACGAAAAAAAUCAGCAAUAUUUUCCUGGUCAGUUAUCAUUUAAUAAUGUCAUUAAGAUGGAUAAUUAUGUUAAAAUGAAAAGUAAUGCUUCCAGAAAUUAGCAGUUCCUGCUAGAGUUCAUAUUUUUAUUUGCCUCCAAACUUGGGGGUAAAUGGAGGGGAAGCACAGGCGGGAAAUAAGGAGUUUUAGUCAGGGCCAGGACUAAUGGUUUCUUGUAGUCACUUUUAUUCUGCAAAUGUUGAAUGAGUAACUACAGAAUGUAAGAAACAGAGGCAUUGUAAGAAACUGGAAAAAAUCUAAACCGUGACCUUCUUUCCAGACCUUAUGGUCUCGUUGGGUAAACAAACUAUGACACAUGAUUAUGCACAAGUAAAUAUCAGUCAUUCUUAGUAGUACAUAGGAGAGUUCAAGAGAAUGUGAUGGAUGUUAUAAAGAAACACGAUUUAAAUAACUAAGGUAGAAAAUGAAGGGGUAUAGAACAUACAUCCUGAAAUAUGCCACUUUGGCAUAUUGAUUAUUUUGAGCUAAAGGCACUAGGAAACAGCAAAUGCAGGAAGGGCUCUCUGGACUUCCACAUUCUACUUAAAGGCUUGUCAUAAAACUUUCCAUGAGAAAGGUGCCCUCCCUCUACCAGGAAGAGGAGAAUAUUCCUAUCACCAGAGGUGGGAUUGACACUGAAAUGGACCUGUACAAACAAACCUACUAAAAUAACCCUUUACUUCCAUUAGUUUAUCCCAUAUGUUUAAUAGUCACUGUCAUACAAUUUACUGCCCCUAGCCCAACCCCCCUUGUCUUGUGUCAUCCCUGCAAUUUAUGGUUCUUUGUGUAAAAAGGUAUAUAAACUUUGGGCCUAACAGCUUUGGAUCUUCAUUUUCCUUCUGAAGACUCCCAUGUACGUGUAAACAUAUUAAAUGAAUUUUUAUGAUUUUCCUCCUGUUAAUCUGUAAUUUCAUUGUUAGGCCCAGCCUCAAAAUCUAAGAAGGUAGAAGGAAGUUUUUCCUCUCCUACAAAAGAAGUAAGCAUUUCAGAUUCAGGAACCUCCACAACUAGCGUGGGAAAAUAAGAGUCAUUUUGAUGGAAGGGUGAGGUAAUCAAUUUGGCUGGAGUAUAGGAUUCAUAAUAGAAUGCAUUUAGAAGUAAAAUAAAAUAUGUUAGUGCCAGAUUAAAGACUAUGUCAACUAUUGUCUGCAGUGGUAUAUCACUAAAGAUUUUUUGAUCAGCAGUAAUGUACAGUUUUAGAAAGGUUUAACUGGCCAUUGUUAAGUAGCUAUUAAUAUAGUCUUGCUGAAUAGAAUAAUGGUUUCAAUGAAGAAUCGAAAAAAUAUAGAUGUAAAAAAUCAUCAUUAAGGAAGAAAAGAACAUGAGGAAGGAAGGAAAGCAAACAUGAUACCUGAUGGAAUCAUGGAACCAAUACGGACAUAAGUCAGGAGACACAGGUUUACUGGAGUUUUUAGAGACUUUGAGUUAGAACUGACAGACGUGUAGAAAUAUCCAACAUCCAACAAGCAGCUGAAAAUGAACCUAGAACUCAGAUGAAAGGUGCAGAUUUAGGACACAUUCUCAGGACACAGUGGAAAGAGAAAAACAGCAGAGGAAUCAAAAACAAGCUUUAAAUGCCUUUAUUUAAGAGUUAGGAGACUAGAGUGGGUGAGGAGCUAAAAUAAGUGCAGUGUCUUAGAGAAUAUGAAAGGAAGGAAAAGGAAAUGAUCUUCAAUGACGUAAG